AUAAAAAUAUCAAGCCAUGCCUAUAUAUCCACCACAGAAAGGCAUCCAAGUUGUUAGAAAUCCAUGCAAGACAAGGAAGCCUUAGCCACAACCUCAACAAGCACCCAGAUGACACAUGUCCUCUUCCUCAGCGGCCUCAUCUUUCUCCACCUUGCAGGAAAUGUGGAAAGUAGAAGAGCAAUUCGGGGCAUGUUUGUUUUUGGGGAUUCUUACGCAGACACAGGAAAUCAUGGUCAUUCGGCCAUUGCAUGGCAGCCUCCGUACGGUAUCACUUAUCCUAGACACCCCUCUGGACGCCAUUCAGACGGAAGAGUCCUCACUGACUUCGUGGCAAGCUUUUUCAACAUGAGCACGCCCCUGCCAUACAAUCAGAGGCAGGGGAACCCAAAUCUGGUGCAUUUUGGCACGAAUUUCGCGUCUGGAGGAACUGGUAUUUUUGAUACAGUGCCCGGACUGCCCAACGCCACUGCCCAAAUCGAGCAGUUGCAGGACUUGGUGAAGAAUGGGGUGUAUUCUGCUACUACUUUGGCUUCUUCUCUCGUGCUCUUCUCCUUUUCGGGCAACGAUUAUGGUUUCUAUGUGCAACGAAAACGUACAGAAGCAGGCCUGCCUGGUUUUGUGGAGAUGGUGAUCAAGCAGUUUAGGGUGGAUUUGGAGAGGUUAUAUGGAAUGGGAUUGAGGCAGUUUGCCAUUACAAAUAUAGGGCCUUUGGGAUGCCUGCCACUUUACACAGCCAAGAGUAACUACAGCAGUUGCAAUGAUACAGUAAAUGUAUUGGCAGUUUAUCACAACAGUCUCUUGCAGGAAGUAGUGAAAGUCAUGAGAAAGAGCAGAGCAAAUGGAAGCUUUGUUCUUCUUGAUUAUUAUUCCAGUGCACUUUCCAUCAUCCAGCAUAAAGACCAAUAUGGGAAGCUGAGGAAUGCACUAAAGCCAUGUUGCAUGGGUGCAUGUGGAAUGAGAGAUAGUGCAGGCAAAGCUAUGUACAGUGUGUGUGAGCAACGUGGAUCUGCUUUCUUCUGGGAUGUGGUGCAUCCCACUCAAGCUGCUUGGCAGGCUUUGAUGAAACCCUUAACUUCCUCUCUACACUUGUUUCAAACUUAAAACCUUAUCUUACAUCAUGUCAGCAAAACCUUUAUUUUUUGGACACUUCGAUAAAAAAUAUGCUGAUGUGGCAUCAUAUUCGAUGUAUGUCGUCUUAAAAUCUUAGUUAUAAGCAAGGGACUUGUCAAGUAAGCUGCUAUAAAAAAUUGAGUGUGAUUUAAAAUUUCA